AACAAAAAUUGGUGCUGAGUAUCCUAAUUACUUAGUAGUUAGCUAAACAUCAGGCUCUCUUCCUAUUGUCAAUCAACAUGUCUGGCCGUGGUCGUGGAAUUCUGGGCUUGACCCAUUUCGAACCUGUACGUCGCCCUGGUCAAGCUGCAUCAUCUUCUGGCCCUACGGCCACUGCAGUACAACCUGUAACUCGAAAUCCAGUAAACGAGAGCAGACCUACACCUUCAAAUACUGCAAAACCACCAACUAAUGCUUCUAGUGUAACAAGCAACGGCGCUGCAAGUUCUUCAAAUACUGCAAAACCACCAACUAAUGCUUCUAGUGUAACAAGCAAUGGCGCUGCAAGUUCUUCAUCCGUUGUUGGAAAAGGUCAAAAGGCAAUGGCCAAGUAUAGCUACAAAGAAAACCCCAACUCACCCCUGGGCAAGGAGAUCAGUCUACGGCAAGGAGAACAAAUCCUUGUCUUUCAGGAGCACGCUGAUCCCCAAUUUUCUAGUCAUUGGGUUAUGGUUAAAAAUGAAUCUGGCAUGACCGGAUAUGUGCCCAAAAGUUACGUCUACGUCGCUGAAGGAGGUAUGCCAUGGGUACAGCAAAAGAACCUGGAAUCAAGUGCGACCAGCAAACCAGCUCCUGCCGACACCGCUGCUACCACUUCGUUUUCCAGACCGGCGACAGCUUCAGUGCAACCAGCACAGUACAAGGCUGCAUAUGCUGAGAAUCGUGUCCCAGGAGCAGGCAGCGAGUACGGCUGUAAGGUUUGUGGAAAAGAUUUCAACGGUCCAUCGCCUUAUGCCUCUCAUAUGCGAAGCAAAGCACAUAAAGAAAUGGUCGAAGAUUACGAGUGGAACAAUCGUCCGCUUUAAUACGUCUUUUGCUGUGCUGGUAUCCACCAGUGUUGCUUCAACUGUCUUGCAAAUGGUCAUAUUCAUGUCUGUCUAGUUUUUUUGUUAGUCGCAACCGGUAACACGCCAUCAUUGGAUUUUUGCUGGCCGACACUUGUCCCCGUAUGCCCAGGUGGGUUGUGUACCCUCAUCUGUUUGUACAUGUGGAUAAUUUGACAGAAUCUGGUUAUAGUUCUGCUCGGUAGUUGCCCUAUUAAGUUACUGCUCAUUUGGUGCACUGCCUUCUUGCACUAUAUGCCAUGAGUAAGUACGUUAUCAGCAUUAUUCUCAUCACCCGCUUGAAGGCAGUAGCCGCUAAUUGCUUCAUAUUGUUUGGGUCCAAACGGACAACUCCAUCGCUUCCGGUAACAGCAGCAGCUCCCAUGAACUAACCUCAAAACUAGGUGUGGUAAUUCACCAAACGUUACUACUGCACAUGUUUUCAAUUAAAGUAGUAGUUGACUUGAGUUCCGUUCGCAUUCUUGUGUAGUUGAUUUGUAUUACUUUUGGGUUUUUGAUCUUGCUACUACAAUACUUAUGUCAUUUGCUGUCCAUCUUUUUUUUCUGCUGUCGCAUCAAGGAGACCACGGACUCGUAGUGGCUGUGCA